AUGUUUAUCAAGUCUAUCGCCGUUUCUGGCCUGGUCACCGUCGCCACUGCUCACAUCCUCAUGACCAACCCUGUCCCCUACGGACUCAGUUCCCUCAGCAACGGUCCUUUGGCUGCGGACGGCUCUGAUUUCCCUUGCAAACAACGCGAAGGUGUUUAUAAUGCCGAGGGCGCCAGCAACGUCUAUGCCCAGGGCAGCAAGCAGCAGCUCGAGUUUCAAGGGACUGCUGUCCACGGUGGCGGUUCCUGCCAGGUUUCUAUCACCACCGACCUCAAGCCCACCAAGAACUCCGUUUGGAAGGUCAUCAAGUCGAUCGAGGGUGGAUGCCCUGCCAAGGAUCAGGCCGGCAACAUGGGCAACGACGCCAAGGCAAAAGUUCCUUACAAGUACGACUUUACCAUUCCAGAGGAACUCGCCGCCGGCGACUACACUCUCGCCUGGACCUGGUUCAACAAGAUCGGCAACCGUGAAAUGUACAUGAACUGUGCUCCCCUGUCUGUCACUGGCAAUGCUGGUUCUCAGACCUUCUUGAAUGGUCUUCCCGACAUGAUGGUCGCCAACGUUGGCGAUGGCUGCUCGACUCCUGACUCGUCUGAUGCCAAAUUUCUCGACCCAGGCAAGGAUCUUGACAGGUUCAACGGCAAGACUGACGCCUUCACUGCUCCCGUUGGCGCAUGUGGAAAGACUGGGGCCCACCCCCAGCCGACUGCCUCCGGUACCGCCUCGGUCCAGCCUACUUCUGCUCGGCCGAAUCCCUCUGUGUCUACGAGCGGUGGUAGUGCUCCUCCUUCCAGCCCUCCUGGUGGCAUUUUCAUCACGUCCCCUACGCCCCAACCUACGCCCACUCCGGCGCCCAGUGGUGGAAACUCUUCUGUCCCGGGCCAGAGCCCCAGCAAGCCCCCUCCCACUUCUGUCACUACGUCUACUCCUAUCGCUACCGGACUUCCCCCUACUCCUACCGGCGGUCCUGUCCCUGGUAACCCGCCUCCCCCUAGCGCCGGCCAUCCGCCCGGAGGUUCCUGCUCCUCUGAGGGUUUGUGGAACUGCAUCGAUGGCAAGUCUUUCCAGCGCUGUGCCAGCGGCAAGUGGUCUGUUCCCCAGGCCCUGUCUUUGGGUAUGUCGUGCCAGGUCGGCGAGUCUGCCAACAUCAAGAUGGCCGGUGCCUCUCGGAUCAAGCGUGCUAUGCGCCGCAAUCUUCACAUUCGCCAUUAG